AUGCCCCCUCUGCCUCCACAAUUCGACGAGAGCACUUUGGCCUCCAUCGCUGGCAUUCAGAGACGCGAAACCGAUCUCAAAGACUUCCAGAUACCACGUCUCCGUGAUUACAGGGGAUCGCUGUCUGUGCAGCAGCAGUAUGCAGCAGAGCUACGAGAGGACCUUGACACGCUCACUCAGCUGGUCGAGGCUGUUGAGGACCAGAGGGGCGAGCGGACGCGGCGUGAAUUGAGGGCAGUCGUAGAGAGCUUUCGAGAGAACGUGUCACGGCUAAGGAAGGAUAUGCGUACGGCCCUGCUGACGUCCAAGCGCGCGAUAGAUGCGCAGAGCGUGUCACAGCGGGAGGAACUCCUGCGCUCGUUGGCUGCGAGGGAGAAGCAAGGCCCUACCUCAGGAGAGAAGACGACUGAGGAUGCCCUUAUGAAAGCCAAUCACGACGUCACAGAUGCCUUGAGACGAACGGUGGGGCUCAUGCAGAAUGAACUCGAACGCUCUGUCCUGUCCGUGCAAAUGCUCGAAUCGUCGACUGCCACGCUCAAAUCCGCCUCGAGUAUGCACGAUGUGCUGAGCAUGCUCAUGGGCACUUCAAAGCAGCUCAUCACGGCGCUCGAGAAGUCAGACUGGCUCGACCGGCUGCUCAUCGCCGCCGCGCUCGCGUUCUUUGUGCUCGUCGUCCUGUUCAUCCUCAAGCAACGGAUUCUG